CACUCAGUUAUUCAGUUCAGUUCGCAAAGAGCAAAGCUCGUGUAUCCUUGUGUUUUCGAACGACUAACAAACAGUAGACACAGUUAUUUGUUUCAGAACGUAAAAGAAAUGCCAAAAUCUUGACAUUUCUCUAUUUAUUAAAAUACAUUAAAUUUGCUUGGCCCUGUAUGUAACACCUAGGAAAUAAAAUAUAAACGAAAAGAUAUUUCAUUAUGAACCUGCUGCUGUAUUAAAUUCCGUUCUAAGGACUAAGUGAGACAAUCUAUUGUGUUAGAAACGAAUUUCGAGAAACCAUUGAAAACUUUUAGUGUACAGACACACGUACUGUUGAUUAUAAAUUAAAUAGUGAUUUAUCGUUAAACAAGUGGAACGAACUGUGAAUAGUGGACGUAUUUGAUUGGAUUUCGCAAAAGCAUGACCUGCUAAAUGAAGGAAACAUACCCUGACGAAAUUAUGCUGUGUUUCGUUCAAGGGUUUGGAGAUAGUGAACGUGGUUAUAGUAAAAGCAGAGAGUGUCCAGAUCAAAACAAGCCUCGAACUGACUUGCAUUCUAAAAAAAGUGUCAAAAGAGUGUCUCUUCACCUUGAAGAGGCUGACCAGCCAGUUGAAUUAAGAUCAAAAAAGUCAGAAGGCUUAUUGACGGGGAAAUCUUUGAGGCUGUCGUCUGGUGGUAGAUUUCCGGAAGUGAAAAGGAGCCUGAGUGAUAGAUUUUCUGUCAUUUCUGAUGCAAGUAGCAAGAAGCCUGCAAAAGGACUAUUGACCAUUAGAAAGACUUGGUCAACCGGCAAUUUCGCAUCGGGCGCGGCGGGUGGCGGGUGUGGGGCGCCCCGUUCCGCUCCCGCCACCCCUCUGCAGCUCGAACCUCACCCCCGCUCAGCAAAACAUGAAAAACAGGCCGUAAAGCCUUUAUCAGGAUCGGCUCCGUCAGUCCGCGUGUCGGCACUGGGCUCUGUAUCCGGGAAUGAUGAGACGAAAGACAGCAAACAGCCCAGCAAGGCGCGGCAGAAGAAGUUCCAGAGGCACUUCCCGCAGGUCGGACCAGAGGAGAAGGUGCUCAAUUAUUAUUCGUGUGCACUUGUCGGCGAUCUCCUCCUGCAAGGUCACCUGUACAUCACGAAGAACUACUUCGCUUUCUACUCGAACGUGUUCGGUUAUGUUACCAAGUUACUGAUCCCAACGACAUCGGUACUACGCAUAACGAAGGAGAAAGUGGCCCGUAUAAUACCGAAUGCGGUCGGCGUGUGUACCAGGGAUGAGCGACACGUGUUCGGGUCGCUACUCUCGCGGGACUCUACGUACAAACUGAUGAUGCACGUGUGGAAGACGGCCCGGACACCAGAGCUGGCCGUACCUAAAGCACAGGACCCGCGCGCAUCCGAGGUUGACUUUGAAGCCUCCGAAUACUCCCCCGAAGAUGACAGCAGUUCCGCUGGAGGCGAUCAAGUGGACGCUCCCGCUGCCGUGAGAAGAGAAUCCGAAACUAUACUACCCACAGGUGCGGCAGUCAUACAGCCGGCUUUACUUACCGGCAGCAGCACGCCGAAGCGUCGCGCGACACACUGCUGGCAGUUCCUGCUCGUGGCCGCUGUCGUGCUGCUCGCGCUGUCCGCACUGCUCCUAUCCUACAAACUCUACCAAAGCAAAUAUGCGCAGGAGGAGGACCUGACGAAUCUAACCGGAGACGAGCUGUAUUCGGAGUUGGUCCGCUGGAGGCAGAGGCUGCACGGGCGGGCCGCUGACGAACUCCACUCAUUCCUCUCCACUAAUCUAUUGUUACUUACUAAGGUACGACAAUCUCUAGAAGCACUCUCGGGUGUUAUUGUCGACGACUUGCCUCCGCAGGACCCAGCUCGAGUUGUUCUGGACGUUCCAAACGAUACGGCGUUUAGUUAACGCUUAAGUACGACAGAAAAUUUCCAUUAAGUAAUUUCCAGAGACAGUCAAACUCUAAAUUGAUUUCAUUGAGGAUUUAACAAGGCAUAAUUUUGUUUAGACUUUUGGCAUUGGACAAGUUUGAUCUCAGGUAUAGGGUGAGGUUUUUUGUGAGUACGCUGAAAAUGUAUAAAAGAAUAUAGAUUAAAAAAAAAAUCAAUACAAAACUAGAGUUAAAAAAAAAAUUGGUUUUUAAUAUGAAUUCGUAAAGUAGAUACUACAUAUUGUAGAAUUUUAUUUACAUUUACACAGUGUUCACAGUGUCGACCAGAAUUAUAUUUAAUAUAAAACUAAAUGAAAAAGUUAAUUAUUGUAAAUAUGCCAUUUAAAAAUAACACAUUGAGCUCAAUCGUUGUUGUAGCAUUUGUUAAAAUAUUCACGAAUGUCUCAUAUUGUGCACGUGAAUCGAUGUUUAGAAAUAUUUUAAAGACUUGAAGAAUGAAUGUAAUGUCAAAAGUGACCAAUUUGAACCACUAUAGUUCUAGAAUAAUUUUAAAUUAGAUUUCGGAAACAUUCGAAUCGAUAGAAAGGCCCUUUAGAAACUACCAAAAAGUUUUACACAACUUUUAGUAAAUCGAUUGCUUGACAUAUCGUUAAUAUUUCACGUUAUUAAAUAGUUUGUGGAUGAACACACAAAAUUAAUUAGCAAUCUAUUAUGAGAAAAUAUCGGAACGUAUUAUUAUCGAUCAUUGUAUUUAAAUUUAACUUUUUUUUAAAUGUCGGGUCUGUAUGACGAUUCUACGUCACGUUUUGUGUAAGACACGACAAUAAUAUAGAUAUGUAAUUAUACAUAGUAAGAAAUAUAAAACUAACUUGUCAUUAAUGAAAUUCUAAUUUUUUUAUAACAUGUCUAUGAAGUGUAAAAAUGAGACGGAUAGUCAUGUUGUUUUAUCGAUUUGAAUUAGCAUUUAUUUUUAUUACCCAAUUUUGUAUUAACGCGUCCGUAUGGUUUGUCUUUUCGGGUAGACCCUUAUAAUGUAUUCAAAGUGUCUUUCUGAUGAGAUAGACUUGUAAUUUUGAACAUAGUUCAAAAUCAGACGGCGACGUAAGAAAAUGCAGCUGAACAUGAAGUUUUGCAUUGUUUCCACUUAGUAAGAAUAUUCUGUCAUGAUAUUCUCAGUUAGGCCUAAAUGCUCGUUAAAAAAUCAUAGAUCGUUCUAAUACUUAUGUUUUCUAAAUAUAAAAUAAAUCUAAAAUAAUAUACAAAUAGUAGAUAAUAAAUAUUACACAUCUGUGUACAGUAAAUAUAAUAUAAUUCCAUACGUAGUUUAAAUUCCGUUGCUUAACCGCACGCUUCACAGUGAUGUUAUAUUGACAGCUGUCAAGUGAAUGCAUAAGUCGUUGCAUAAAAUGUCAGGAUAUUUUUGCUCGUAAAUUACAAUUCCCAUUAAUAAGUGAUUAACCCAAUUAUCAAUGAAGUUUGGAAGGGAAGUGGUGCUAAUUACUAUCAAAGUAAAAAUGAUAAUUAAACAUUCCUUUAACUUGCAGUGUACGCGAACAUUUGGCAUCUGUCCUGUUUACCGGUUAUUUGUGUUAUUUAUGUAUUUCAUUAAGUAAUGAAAUCAAAAACAUUGAUUUUAAUCUUGUUAUAUUAAUUAUUACCUUCUAUGUGAAUGCAUUAGGAAGAUAAAAAAUACACUUUAAAAUUAAAUAAGUAAGGUUCAGAAUAAAGUUUUUAUAGUAGAUACAGCUAGAGUACUUUAAAAAUAGUGCAGAAAGAGACAUUACUCAAAAGUUUCAGUUAAGUCGGUGAUGUUAAUUUAAUUUUGUGAGCAUGUGUUUUGUGUACCAAAUUUAAUGGAAUUGUAUUUUUUUUCUUAUUGUAAUUUUUUUGUUUUCUGCUUACAGCUGGAUCGUAAAUAAAAUUCUAGUCUUUUAACAUUAACAUUAUUUAUAUAUUUUGUUGUUGAAAUUAGGUGUACUUACUUACAGUUUAUUUUUAUUUUUAUAUAGAUAGUUGUUAUUCUUUAUAAUGAGUUCAAAAAUUAAUUUUGCAGUGCAAUGAUUUCAGAAAUAUUUAAUAAAAUACUUGAAAUUUGUCCAGUGAUUGAUAGAUGUUUAAAAUUUCGUAUUUAGCAAAAUGCACAGAUUCCAUAAAUGUUUUAAGAAAUGCUUGUGUAUUUUGUGACCCUUAAAGUAAUUAUUGUUGAUUUUUUUUAUUUAGAUUUUAGAUAGGAAAAACUUUUUCGUAAUUAAGCUUAUGUUAACAUUUAUUGACUUACAUUAUUUUUAGUAAUGAUUUAACAGAUUACUUAAUUACUGUUUUUUGGUUUUAAUAAGACAUAGUAUGAUAAUACUUGCCAAUUAACGUAGUCAUGUUUGUUAAAUGCCUAACUGUAGGGUUACCGUUGGUGCCAAAGUUAGAUCAAAAAUUUCUUACUGACCACGAAUAUUAUAUUAUUGAACUUUCUACUCGUCAUGCUUGACUCUUAGAAAUUUAAGAUGCGAGCAAGAGGGGAUGACAAGAUUUAAGAUAUGUUUGUAUUAACAUCUGGUAGGAAUUGCCAAAGAAAGAAAUAAAUAAAUGAAAAUAGCUUAAGUGUGAUUUGUAGAUAAUUUACGUUUAUCUGUCAAUUUAAGUUUGUUAAUUGAUUUCAUUAUGAAAUGCUGCAUUAUUUAAUAUUUAUUUAUGUUCGAGAUAGCUGUUUUAGAUGAUUCUUUUAAGGUGCAAUACACAUAGACAACCAGUGAGAUAUAUUGUUUAAAAUGAAUAAAUAAUAAUUUAGUUUUGUUGAAAGUUUUUUUUAGGGUCAGUUAAUUUUCUUAGAUAUAUUUAGAAGCUUGUUUAAGAAGCAAUUUUAUAUACAUAAUAAUUAUGUAAAGUAAUUUUAAUGAUUAUAUAUGAAUGUAAUCGUUUAUGCUACCUUAGCUAUUUGUUUACAGUUCGGAAAUCUCGGGAAAUCGAUUAAGUAAUCAUUGUAACAUCAAAAAAAUAAUAAUUUAUGUGUUUGAAAAUAUUUUUGGAGUGAUUUAAUAUAGGCACAUAUUGGUUGAUAGUUUAUUUUCUGGGAAUAUUAGAUCAAUGAGCUCACCAUUGCGUGGAUUUUUUUCUUCUAUCGGGUUGGAAUUGUUAAUGAAUGUAAAAUAUCUGGUGAUUUGUUUUGUAUAUUUUUGUUCGAUUGUGAUUCGUUUGUUGUAAA